AUGAUUCUGUCAUCGAAACAAUUCCUCUGGUUUCUGUGUCCAGCUCUGGCCCAUACUGCGACUAUCUCCUAUACAGUUCCGGCCUCGGCUCCAAAUGGGGCAGCAGAGCUUGAUCCAGCCCCCGUGGGUGUAUCAUUUGAAUUCUUUGCAUUUCCAUCGUACUUCACCAAUGUCACGGCUACGAACCAGUGCUUAAAGAACUUUCAAACUCUUACGGGAAAGUGGCCCCCAAUUCGAAUUGGGGGGACGACUCAAGACCGCGCUACAUACGAUGCCUCUACGUCGGCAUACGUUGUAUAUAACGUCGCAAAUCCAACUGAUGCCCCAGCAUCGUUGACAUUCGGCUCAUCGUUCAUGAAACUUGCGGCGACUUAUUCAGGAUCUGUUGUGGUCGGACUCAACCGAGCCCUUGACAAUCUCCAGAAUACCAUAGCCGCUGCGAAAGUGGCAAAGAGCAACAUGAACAAUCUCAUCGCGAUUGAAUUGGGAAACGAGCCCGAAUACUAUUCUCGCACAAAUCUACCUGUCGCCGCACAUGCCGGGUCGUGGACACCAGCAGAUGAUGCAAAAUCGCAAAACAAUUGGGCCAUACAAGUUGGACAAGCACUAGAUACAAAACUUAUAAUCCAGGCCGGCAACUCUAAUGAUUCUCCGCCAAAAUGGGGUGCCGAAGAACUGAUUGCAACGCAGAACGCAACGGUGAAAUCUUAUAUCCAUAAUUACGCGCACCAUAAUUAUCCCGGAGGAACUGUGGCAUCGUUAAUGAGCCAUAGUGGUAUUUCUAAUAAUCUUAAGAUGUUCAACGCAGAGGUCGCCGCGACAACAAAAAAGGGGAAAGAGUAUGUCCUUGGGGAGACAAAUUCGGUCUCUGGUGGAGGUGCAGCGAAUGUGAGCCCCACAUACGGCGCAGCGCUCUGGACUAUGGAUUAUGUUCUCCGCGCUUCUCUUACAAACAUCAAACGCACCUACUUCCACCAUGGCACCGUAGGCCUAUGCUACUACUGCUGGUGGGGGCGGUACAGCAUGGGCGCUCCAUACUUCGGCGCCUAUACUGCAACAGCUGCAAUGGCAGGCGGCUCGUACAUGUCAGCCCUAGAUACAGGGUCAACAGCCUACGCCGUGUAUAUUAUAUACGACUCAGCUCGCAAACCGCUCCGUGCCCUACUGUACAAUUCAGACUACUACAGUGGCAGCGGGAGUCGAAGUAGCCAGAACUUUGUCCUAGGUGGAUUGAGCGGCGCGACGGUGAAAGCGAAGAGACUGACCGCGGCAAGUGCAACAUCGAGGGUCGAUCAGGGAUCAAGUCCAACGUUUGGUGGUCAAACUUUUGCAGACGCGUCGUGCAAUAUUGGAGGGAAGGAGACUUUUGAGGACAAGAGCGUGGCUAGUGGUUCUGCUACGUUUACAGUUGCCGCUUCAGAGGCUUUACUGGUGUACUUCUAA